AGUAACAAUAAGAAGGAGUUGCAAAAGUUCGUUCUUAUGUAUAAUGUAACACCGCAUAGUACAACGGGUGCAGCUCCAACCCAGCUGAUGUACAAUCGGACGAUUCGAGAUAAAAUUCCCGGAAUUGAGGAUAUUUCGGAUCAGGAUGUGGACUCGGAGGAAAGAGAUAGGGACAUGUGCCAGAAAGAAAAAGGGAAGAAGCUAACACCAACGUUCGAUCCAACGGUUUACGAGGUGACCAGCAGAGACGGUGAUGUGGUCCAGGUAACCGGAAAUGGGAAGUCGUAUACCAGGAACGCCAGUCACCUCAAGAAAGUCGAAUCCUCUGCUGCAGUUCAGCCGGAGGAGGGCCAAUCCCCGAAAAGGACUGAUGAAUCAUUCCCGGCCAAACUAAUUGACGCGGAGCUCACCUCACAGAUGCCACAGGGAGGCCUAAAACUGCGUCUGAAAAAAAAAGGAGAGAUGUGGGAACCCGUGUCAGCUGAUCGGGAUUCGAGCCCAACACGGGAUACAUAA